CCGGUAUCUCACUUGUUUUGCUUUGACUGUUUCUGUAUUGAGAGGAUGAUACGUUUCAGAAUCUCCUUGAUUAACCUGCUUGGGUUGUAUCUAAUAUUGUCUGAGGAUCACAGUGGAUGCUCCUUUGACACUGCAGUUUGGCAGCCGUCAAGGCCGAGCAUCAGUCAUCUGCAGGCUAUCAGCGACAAGCAAAGCCUCUUGGUGAGGUGGCUGGUAAACCACAGCUUAGUGGGUGACAUUUAUGAGAUCCAGAUUGGCCGCGCUGAAAACCACAUCGUUAUUUACAAUAGAAAUCUAAGUUUAUAUUCUGUGGAUUUGAAUAAUUACACAUGGACGUGGACCUCUGAUGUGCCUCUGGAGUGUGUCGACCACUCAGUCAGGAUACGACAUUUCUAUAAUCAGUCUGUCCCGAGUCCCUGGAGCGACUGGAAGACCAACUAUGGAGUCCAAGAAAAUAAGACCAAGAUCUUCCCCUUCCAGCGCGUGCUGAGAGAGCACACUAGUGCCAUGUUCUGCUGUGUUCCCCCCAGAGGAGUCACCAUCAAUAUCACCAGCAUGAUCUUGAAUAACCGCGAAUAUCCUCUUAUCAGCGUUGGAGCCGGAGUCAAGGCUAUCUCUGUACCUAACCUGACCAUCCCAGUAGCACUCAUUAAACGUCUCUCACUCUUUUGCAGUAAUGCAACAGGCUUAAUCAGUUAUGCCUGGAACUACAUCAGUUUUCCUCCCCAGAAGCCCAGAAACCUCAGGUGUGUGACCUCAGACAUGAUAAAUGUCAUUUGCAACUGGGAUUCAGGCAGAAAACGAGACCCAAAUGAUCGCAACAAGCAAACACACACUCUCCACAUAGAGAACUCAGACCAGGCUCCCAUCAACUGCACGCCGUCGUCUUGUACUUUCCCGGCCGUCCCACAGUUGGAGGAAUACAACAUCAGUGUGGUGGUGAAGGACCAGUUGGGAGAGGAGACGGAGAGCUACAGCUUCAACAUCUCUGACAGAGUGCUUCCUGUGGUGGAGGUAGACAGAGUGAGCCCAGGGGUGAAGCACACCACUGUGUCCUGGAUCGUACAGGGGAACCUGACCCAACUGAACCUCCUCUGUCAGGUCACUACAGACCCAUACAGCAUCACCGAGCUGAACUGCAAUAGUGUGAGCGGUCUCUGCAAAGUCCAACUGGAGCAUCUGUUUCCCAACACCCGCUACUCUACGAGGGUACGCUGCUCCGCCAAUCGCAGGCUCUGGGGAGAUAGGACACAGCCCAUAACCUUCACAACCUAUCCGUUGGUGACCUUGGAUGUAUGGAGGAGAAUAAAGCAGCUGUCCGACCUGAACAUUCGUCAAGUGACUCUAUUGUGGAUUCCACAUGUUCCUGGCUCAGUAGUGAACAUCCAACGCUACGAAGUUCAGUGGUCGCAAGAAGGUCAAAACUGGACCGAGUGGAAGGAUAGUGGACAGACACAGGCGGAGGUUUCCAUCAAUCUGGGACAGUGUGACUUCACCGUUCAGGCUGUUCUCCACACCGGUUCCAUCUUCUCUGCUCACAUCACCGUCCCACAGAGUGACGAUGGAGAAAUCCUCCCAGUGAAGAAGCGGUUGAGCAGCAACAGCACAGCUGCUGGUUUUAAUCUGUCCUGGGACAAUCAGGACGCUGCCACCUGUGGCUAUACUGUGGAGUGGUGCAUUCUGGGAAACACAGUGCCCUGUACUCUGCGAUGGCUGAAGGUGCCGGAGGGAAACAACACAUUGUUCCUACCUGCUACAGGAAAUUUCAAAGCAGGUUUCAGGUACACAUUUAAUAUCUAUGGCUGCACAGAUGACGGACACAGACUAGUGGAGGUACAGACUGGAUACUCACAAGAGCUCAAAUCUGUACAGUCCCCGAGUCUGGUUGAACCUGUUCAGAGUACUUCAUCAUCUGUGACACUGGAAUGGAGUUACAAUGAGGAAGAUCUGGCUCAUCCGGCAUUCAUCACUGGUUACCUGGUAACAGCACAGGAAGUAGGGUCCGGUACGCUGCCAGGUCAUGCUGCAAAUCUGUUCAACGUGUCGGUGGCAGACCCUCGGAGGAAGUCUGUGACCAUAAACGGUCUGCAGCAGAACAGAGAGUAUGCUUUCUCUGUGAGCGCUCUCACUAAGGAGGGACCAGGACAACCAUCCAACAUCACCAUCAGGACGAGAACCCACCACUCUGCUCACCUGGCUAAGAUACUGCCUCCCAUCUUGACACUGCUGGGCUGCAUCAUUUUCGUGUGGCCUCAAAGAAAAAUGCUGAAGAAGAUAUUUGCUUAUCCUGCUGGUAUGAACAUCAAACCUCCUGAGUUGGACAGCUUCCUGCACGAGACUGGUGAGAGGCUGCAGGCUCAGAAGGUAGAGGAGUGCAUCAGCUGUGACAUUGAGAUCCUGAACAUCAAACCUCCUCUGGCUGAAACGACCAAACUGAGAGAUCCUGAACCCCUGAGCAUACUGCCCUCUCCUGGUUCCCAGUCCGCUCCUUCAGCCUCGUCACCCUCCUGUGUACCGCUGCUCCAGUCAGACUACUGUCCACAGUCAGUCACAGUGUUCUGGGACAGACCGGCCCUUCAACAAGUAACGUGCAUCACUAACAAGACUUAUUUGCACACCGUGAAGGAGGAUUUGUCCGAGGCACAACAAGUCUCUGAAAUCAAAUCAAGCUCUGAACCUUCCGAGAGUCUGCAGGAACCAUUUAGUGUUAUAUAUGGUUAUAUCUCCAAUGAUAUUUUAUAAGUCAAAGACCAGAGGUCUGUACUAUGAAGCAGGAUUUGGGGUUAGCGAGGUAACUUCAGGGUUAUCCCUGGGUUCGAUGGUUCACUUCUUACCGGGGUAGAUCGCCAUGGUAACUCAUGCUGAACAGCUAACC